CCGAGUUUCGAUACCCGUGGUGGGCAGAGCACAGAUAGCCCAGUUGUAGUUGUAAGUCCUUUGCUGAAGCAAAAUGCUGAUGAUUACACAAGGGGCUAUAUGAACAGCAGAGCAAUGCUAGAACCCAAUGGCAACGUUUUCUGGCCACCUCCAACCAAACUAAGAAGUACGUGCCCAGUGGAUGUGACUUACUUUCCAUUUGACGAUCAGACUUGCAUCCUGAAAUUGGGAUCCUGGAUCUACGACGGACUCCAAGUAGAUGUCACAAACAGAACGUCUGAAGUCGACUUGUCGAACUACGUUCCCAACGGUGAAUGGGAGCUUUUGGAAGCCCGAAUUGUGCGAAACGUUGUGUACUACUCGUGCUGCAUUGAACCUUUUCCAGAUGUAACAAUAACAAUCGUGAUUCGACGUAAAACACUGUAUUACAUGUACAAUGUAGUCAUGCCCUGUAUGAUGAUGUCCGUCCUAACUCUGCUAGUCUUUUGUUUGCCACCAGAGUCCGGAGAGAAAAUUGCCCUGGGCAUAACUGUUCUGUUAGCUUUUUCUGUCUUCAUGUUGGCUAUUGCAGAACAGAUGCCAGAAACAUCAGAGUCUAUACCUCUUCUUGGAAUUUAUUUGACAGCAGUCAUGGUCAUAACAUCCAUAUCCGUGGUCAUGACAGUUGCGGUCCUCAACUUCCAUUAUCGUGGACCAAACAAAAAGGAAGUCCCUUCGUGGACGCGGCGUAUGGUCCUACAGCGUUUCGCUACUUGUUCCUGCUUUACUUGUAUGCCUACCAAAAGACCCACUUCUAGUCACCAAGACAGUGUCCUCUUGAGGGAUGUCGGAUACACAUAUCCACGUCCAGAAAAUCUCAGGUUCCAUGUAGAUACUGCGCCGGAUGACCUAAAGGAUGCGCAAGAGUUUUCCAGUAACGAAUCAGUCACCAACGUCAACUUGAAUGAAUACAAUCACAACGCUAGUAAGCGAAGUUCUCGGAGAACUGUAUUUAAUAACGGCGUUCAAGAGGAAAUUAUUCGGGCUCUUCGUUAUCUAAUGAUGAAGCAGGAAGCUGAGGAUAACCAUACACGAGUGGUUAACGAAUGGCGACAAUUGGCACUUAUUAUAGACAGAUGUCUCUUCUGGAUUGUUCUCGUUGUCACAGUCGCGUCUUCACUGUUGUUUUUAGUUAUCGUUCCUCUGUAUCGCCGAAGUUUUGUAUAUGGAAUACCUUAGUUUGGUCACCUUAGAAAGUUUAUAAAAUGUCUUGUAGCUUCCAGAAACAGGAAUAAUAAUAAUAAAUAAUCUUUACAAGAUGCUACUGACAGUUAUAGAACGAAUAUAAAUCCUUAAUACUGACUAUAAAUUCUAUUCUCUCUUAGAUUGGCUAACAUUACUGAUGCCAAGACAUAUCAAACUCUGCCAAAAUGGGUUUUUAUGGAGAAAUAAGGUUUUCUCAGAGGGACGUGACCAAUUUAUUGAUCAGUCCUUUUCUUUCUUGCCAUAAAAUUUUGUCACAUUCUUAACUUAUUCUCUUAUUUGAUAUUAGAGAGAAAAAUUGUUAUUUACUUCGUACAUCCGGGACUAGAACAUGAAACACUUCAAUCUAACUAGAACGAAAGUAUUAUCUUCAGUUAUAUACCAUAACUAAUUUGUAAGGUGAAAAUCUGGAGUUCGUUCCCCCGUGGUAUACAGCGCAAAUAACCAAUUGUGUUGUUUUACGUUUAAACAACAAAGCAGAAAACACAAACGAACGUUUAACCAAUGUCAUUUAUUGCGAAACGUUCUGAUCUUUUGCGUAAUACUGCACUCUAUAUACAGAAAUAAGAAUGUCAUAAUCUGUCCCCGAAUGGGUCAGCGGUAAAUUUACGGACUUACAAUACUAAAAUCCGGACUUUGACUCCAUACGGUGGACAGAGCGCAGAUAGCUCAUUCUGUAGCUUUGAGCUAAAACCAACAAUAUCAUAACUAAAAUUUAGUAAAAACAAUCUUACAUUCCAAAGGAAAUGUUAAUGGCUAACUUACGUUUCGAUUAACGAUUUUCAUGAAUAUUGGUACAUAAAGUAACUAUAGUCUAAAUGGAUCUUAAUAUAAAUGUUGCUAAUUGUUUAUGGAAUUAGAAAAUUUCGUCAGCUUAUCCAUUAAAUGGAGCUUUACUUGCAAUUACUUUCAUCACACUGUUGUGGUGAGAUUAAGAUGGCAGUGCUGAAAGAACAUCCUUCCUGUAGUUUCUGUAUUUCGGCAACUAAGAAUUAUUAGGAGUAAAUAUAGAAAUGUGCAGAUUUACUUGCGUAAAUUACACAUUUAUUGCAGGAAGCAUGUGUUAUAUAUUCCUGUUUAGUUUACACACAAGUGAAAAAUAUUAAUAAUAAGUAAAACUAACUACAUUUAGUUAUAUACUUCUAUGGAUUAUAACUACUUAUGCAUUAUUUUAGUAUUAAAACAAUCGAAUGACACUGGAAUUCGUAGUAUUCUUCCUAUAACUACUACAAAGGAUUUCCUAAUGCUUGUUAGUUUUAGAGAGGAAAUACAUAAGGAAUUUGAAGCAUUACUUUUGCUGUUGUUGAGGUACGUAAGUUAAUGAAGAUGACAUCAGAUACGAUUAAUUCUUCUUAUGGCCACCAGAUGGUACCCUAUCAUUUAAUUUGUAUCAUUGUUUUUGAGCCAUGAGAAUCAGCAAAAGUGUGGAAGUCAAUUAGAGAAUAAUAAAAAUUAAUACAAACUAGCUAAUAUAACAACAAUUAAGAAUAUCCUUUCUUUACUUUGUCUUUAGUACAAUUCGCCAAAUUAUGCAACAGGAUAAAUUGUUUUUAGUUUUUUUUAAACUCUCAUGAAUUUCAUCUAAUAAUUAUUUCAAACCAACUAUGUAUAAUUAUGAUUUUAUAACUUUACGUGUAAGAAGAAUUAUUAAUUCUAUGUACAAUACUUACUGAAUAUAUCACAUGAAUUGUGUUGUAUAUGAUAAUUUCUGAUCCAAGAAACCAACAUUUUGUAGAAGGCUGGUUUGAAUUAAACGUAGUUGUUAUAA